AUGCCCACAGCACCGCCAGCGAGGCCACACAGCGCACAUCCACAUCGUGCACUGCCCUCGGGUCUCUUCCGCACAUCCUCCGCCCCCCGCCCGCGCACCUCCCUUCACCGUGAGGCAGAGUGGGAGGCAGACGCCUGGGACUCGAGCAGCGACAAGGACGACGACGACGAACUCCUGGCUGCCGACCUCGGCGGUAUGUCCGUCGGCGGUGCGGCUCUUGCUGGGCCCUCAUCGUCGUCCGCACCCACCUCUCCCACACUUCCGACAUCGCCCACGGCCACGACAACGCAGGCUACGGCAAAGCCCAUCCCCAUUCGCCGCGCGCCGAGCCCACCCACUUCGCACUCGAACCCGGGCUCGGGUUCCAUCUCCACGUCCUGGGUAUCCGCGAGCUUCCACCCCACACCUUCACAGAACACGCCGCCAGGAGGCUAUGGCUCAUCGGCAUCGGCCGCGGGCCCUACGCAGCGUGCUGUCGUCGGUAACAGCACCGCUCCUCCAGCAGUUGCGUCCUCCUCGCCAACAGACGAGCCGAAAUCGCCGGCUUCACCACCCGCAUCCUCAGACCCGCUCGCACCAGCACCCACGCGACUUCCUCCCGGCGGUGCAUGGGAGAUUGUGGAGACGGCAGAUGCCGCUGAACCCCCAGCUCCAGAGGGCGUCAAGGGCGCCGAGGCCGUCAGGCCCGAUGCCGAAGACAUCUUGCGUGACCCGCUGCACCUUCUCUUGUCAUUAUCGUCGACACCGGCCUCGCCGCGGCCGGGCUCUGUUCCGGGGACACCAGGCGCGCCGCAUUCUGGGCGCGCGUCACCUAUAGCACCGCCGCGCGUGUCUGGUCUGUCGGCAUCGGGCGUCAGCCGCCAGCGUAGUGUGCGGACGGAACGGAGGCGUGAGCUGUAUGUGCGCGCACUCACAGUUGAGAGUGGGGGCAUUGUCGACGCCGUCAAGCUGCGCAGCCUGGCCUGGAGCGGUAUCCCGUACGAGGUCCGCCCGAUUGUUUGGCAGUUGUUGCUAAACUACCUGCCCCUUCCCGUGCAACCCCGACUUGCAACUCUUCAACGGAAGCGCAAAGAAUAUGCGGCGCUCGUGGACCAGUACUUUGGCCGUGGCCCAGCGUCGCUUGACCAGCAGAUCUGGCACCAGAUCGAAAUCGACGUGCCCCGCACCCGCCCAGGUGCGCCGCUGUGGUCCUGUCCCGCAACGCAGCGCGCACUCGAGCGUAUCCUGUACGUCUGGGCGAUCCGUCACCCCGCCUCUGGCUACGUGCAGGGCAUCAAUGACCUGGCCACCCCAUUCUUCGAAGUCUUCCUCUCGGGCUAUGUCUCGGUCGACCCCGAGGCAUUCGACGUCUCAUACCUGCCCUCCGAGGUUCUCGCUGCGGUUGAAGCAGACAGCUUCUGGUGCCUCACAAAGCUGCUGGACGGAAUUCAGGACCACUACAUCUCGCAACAGCCUGGUAUCCAGCGUCUAGUGAAGCGCAUGGGCGAGCUCAUCAAACGUAUCGACGCGCCAUUGGCCAACCACUUUGAGGAACAGGGUGUCGAGUACAUGCAGUUUGCGUUCAGGUGGAUGAACUGUCUCCUCAUGCGCGAGAUUACUGUCAAGUGUACCAUCCGCAUGUGGGAUGCCUAUUUGUCUGAGGGCAAGGAGGCAUUCUCCCAGUUCCACCUCUACGUCUGUUGCGCCCUCCUUGUCAAGUUUAGCGACCGGCUGCGAGAGAUGGACUUCCAGGAAAUCAUCAUGUUCCUCCAGCGUCUUCCGACCAUGUCCUGGACCGACGUCGACAUUGAGCUGCUUCUCUCUGAAGCGUUCGUGCUGAAGAAUGUGUGGCAUGGCGCCGACAACCAUUUCGCAAACUUGCCGAAUGGCGGUGGUGGCUUUGGCAUGUUGGGGAGGUAA